GUUAAGUGGGAAAAUUAUGUUCCUAACCUAUAUAUUACGAACGUGGUUGUAGAGAUCACGCUGUAUAGAAUUGAUGGUAAUUACACGUGAUUAAUACGUAUCUGUUUAUUUAAAAUUAAUUGUUUUUAAAUUAAAAUGGGAAAGAAAACGAAAAUUGGAAAACAGAGGAAAGAUAAGUUCUACCAGCUAGCCAAAGAAGCAGGUUAUAGAUCACGUGCUGCUUUCAAGUUAAUUCAGUUAAAUCGAAAAUUUGAAUUUCUUCAAAAGUCCAGAGUAUGUAUCGAUUUAUGUGCUGCCCCUGGUGGUUGGAUGCAAGUUGCCAGGCAAAAUAUUUGGCUUCAUGAUGCAUAUCAACAAGCUGUUUUAACAUUAUCAGCUCUUAAAUUAGCUACUCAAUUCUUAAAAGCUGGUGGUUGGUUUGUAACAAAGAUAUUUCGAUCUAAAGAUUAUCACUCAUUGAUUUGGGUGUUAAAACAGCUAUUUAAAAAGGUACAUGCCACUAAGCCUCAAGCCUCGCGUACAGAAUCUGCAGAAAUUUUUGUAGUUUGUCAAUAUUACAUUGCCCCUGAUAAAGUAGAUCCCAAAUUCUUCGAUCCAAAGCAUGUUUUUUCUGAAUUACAAAUAGAAACUAUAAACAAAUUAGCUAUUUUGUAUCCAGAGAAGCAAAAGAAACCUAAAGUAGAAGGAUAUCCUGAAAAUGAUUAUACAUUAUAUCACAAAUUAUCUGCGAAGGAAUUUAUUGCUUGUGAAGACGAAAUAAAAGCUUUGCAAAAUGCUUCCGAAAUAGUCAUAGACGAUGAGAUAAUCGACAAACAUGAAAAAACUACUAGAGAGAUUAGGGAAUGUUGCAGAGAUAUUAAAGUACUUGGUCGAAAAGAUUUGAAGCUUUUACUUAAUUGGAGAAAGGCUUUAAAAAAGACACAAACUGAAACAAAAGAGGAAAAUAUAGUUGAAGAUGAAACUACUACAUCCGCAAUCGCUAGCCUCGAAGAACAGGAAGAUUUAGAAGAUGAAGAAAUUCAAAAACAGAUAGCUGAACUUCGGGAAGAAGAGGCCAAGGAAUUAAAACGCAAAAGAAAAAAGGCUAACAAAGAGAGGCAGAAGUUGACCGAACGUCUUAAUUUAAAAAUGGUUCAUAAAAAUGAUGAAGGACCUAAAUUGGAAGGAGAAAAUUUAUUUAGAUUAAAUCAGGUUCAAACCUAUCAACAGUUAGAACAAGUUACAAAUCAAACACCUGAUAUUUUAGCGGAGAGCGAUGUAGAUUCAGAUGAAGAAAUCAAACCAAAAAGAGUUUAUUAUGAAAAAGAUACAGGCCAUUUGGACAGCAAAGGCUUAUACUAUAAAGAAGAAAGUGAAGAAAGUGAAACUGAUGUUACAUCAAAUGAUGAAAAUAUAAAUAAUGGAAACUUUGAACUAGAUUUGGAUGAUUCAGAAGACGAAAGUACAAAUAAACUACAAAAGAAGAAACCACAAAUUAAAGAUUCUGAGAGCAACCCGUUGUUAACUGAUCUAGAUUUUCGUGACAAAGAAACUAAAAGAAUUCACAAAGCAGCACUUUGGUUCGAGAAAGACGCAUUUAAAAACUUAGAAGAUGAAGCCGACGCAGACUAUGAAUUGGAUAAAAUGGUCGAGCAAUACAAGAAGAGGGGUGGACAUGUUCUCGGAGAAGAAAAGAAAAUGCAAGAAGAAAUUGACGAAGAAAAGAAACGAAAACGUAAAGCCAGUGAAAGUGAUCAUACAGAUUCGGAUUAUGAUAUAGAAGAAAUAAUGUCAUCUAAGAAAAAGAUGAAAAAAGUUGGCGGAAAGGAUGGUUUUGAAAUAGUAUCACAAGAAGCAGAUAAAAAGCCAAAGAAAAAAAAAUUGACUCCUGAAGAUUUAGCACUCGGAUCGUUACUGAUUCAAAGUGAGAAAUCUCGAAGAGAUUUGAUCGAUGCCGCUUGGAAUAGAUAUGCGUUUAACGAUGAGAAAUUACCCGAGUGGUUCGUAAAAGAUGAGGAAAAACAUAUGAGGAAGGAAGUACCUGUACCCAAAGAACUUGCCGAUGAAUAUACAAAGAGACUAGAAGAUCUGAACGUUAAACCUAUUAAAAAAGUGAUGCAAGCUAAAGCAAGAAAGAAGAGACGUGCGAUGCGCAAACUGGAGAAAGCCAAGAAGAAGGCAGAAGCAUUGAUGGAAAAUACAGAUAUUAGCGAUAAGGAAAAGGCUCAUCAACUCAAAGCAUUGUACAAAAAAGCUCGCCAGGAACCAAGAAAGGAAGUUAAAUAUAUCGUAGCAAAAAAAUUUAGCGCACAGAAACGGGCUAUUCGGCCUCCCGGUGUGAAAGGUCGAUUUAAAAUAGUCGAUCCUAGAAUGAAGAAGGAUUUACGCGCAGCAAAAGCGAAAGAAAAACUAAAGGACGACGGAAAAAAAAAUCAUAGUAGUAACCGAAACAAAAAACCGACGGCAAAGCCUAAAGGAAGAAAAAUACUAAAAACUAAC